GGGUAUCGGUCGCCUGAGAGGUGAGUGAGGGGCACUACGCUGAGCCUGGCGGGUCUGGGGUCUGCGGCUCGGGGCCCACGGGGCCCCAGAGCUCGUAAGAGGUUGGGGAUCGUGAGGCCAGGGUCACCGCGACCCGCGGGGUCCUGUGAGUAGGCGGUGCGGAGGGGAAACUGAGGCCGGGCGCCAUCGGGCAGGCCCUUCGAGCCCUGAUCUCCCUUCCCCGGGCCCCAGGUCCUGGAAAUGCUGGUCCGCGGCCUGGUGGCGAGGACGGCGGGAGGGGAAGGCGCCCCGCAUGCGGUGAGCGCUCGCUGGGUGUUUGCUGCCGUUCGGCUCUUAUUAACCGCCUGGAAACGUCGUCCCUGUGACUCAGGGACCCCCGUUUGUGGGGACUGAAGUCGGAACUCUGGUUCCAGCGCCGCCAGUCCCUACCUGGGUGACCUUGCCCCAGCCUCUUGGCUUCUCGGAGCCUCAGUUUUCCCCUCUGUAAAACGGGCGUUGUUCAAAAGUCCCUGCCUAGGAGAAGGAGAGCCGCAGGGUCCAGCGGAAUCUGAGAACUCCAAAGAAUUAGCAGGCGUUCGUCUUAUAUCAUGUUUAGAGUCUUCUUCUGCAUAUCGUGCUAGAGGUGGGGGAAAUCUGGGAUUCAGGACCAGUCCACCACCACCUCCCACCCGCUGUGUAAACCUGGGUAUCACCUCUUCUGGGCUCAAGAUGGACAACAAGAAGCGCCUGGCCUACGCCAUCAUCCAGUUCCUGCAUGACCAGCUCCGGCACGGGGGCCUCUCGUCCGAUGCUCAGGAGAGCUUGGAAGUCGCCAUCCAGUGCCUGGAGACUGCGUUUGGGGUGACGGUAGAAGACAGCGACCUCGCGCUCCCUCAGACUCUACCGGAGAUAUUUGAAGCGGCUGCCACGGGCAAGGAGAUGCCGCAGGACCUGAGGAGCCCCGCGCGAACCCCGCCUUCCGAGGAGGACUCAGCAGAGGCAGAGCGCCUCAAAACCGAAGGAAACGAGCAGAUGAAAGUGGAAAACUUUGAAGCUGCCGUGCAUUUCUACGGAAAAGCCAUCGAGCUCAACCCAGCCAACGCCGUCUAUUUCUGCAACAGAGCCGCAGCCUACAGCAAACUCGGCAACUACGCAGGCGCGGUGCAGGACUGUGAGCGGGCCAUCUGCAUUGACCCGGCCUACAGCAAGGCCUACGGCAGGAUGGGCCUGGCGCUCUCCAGCCUGAACAAGCACGUGGAGGCCGUGGCUUACUACAAGAAGGCGCUGGAGCUGGACCCCGACAACGAGACGUAUAAGUCCAACCUCAAGAUAGCGGAGCUGAAGCUGCGGGAGGCCCCCAGCCCCACGGGAGGCGUGGGCAGCUUCGACAUCGCCGGCCUGCUGAACAACCCCGGCUUCAUGAGCAUGGCUUCGAACCUAAUGAACAAUCCCCAGAUUCAGCAGCUCAUGUCCGGCAUGAUUUCGGGUGGCAACAACCCCUUGGGAACUCCCGGCACCAGCCCCUCGCAGAACGACCUGGCCAGCCUCAUCCAGGCGGGCCAGCAAUUUGCCCAGCAGAUGCAGCAGCAGAACCCAGAGUUGAUAGAGCAGCUCAGGAGCCAGAUCCGGAGUCGGACGCCCAGCGCCAGCAACGACGACCAGCAGGAGUGACGCUGCCCGCUCCCGGUGUGACCGCGUCCUUCCCUGGCCGACCGGAAGGAAGCCUUCUGGUUGUCUGCCACUUCCUCCUGUUGGACUGCCUGAGAGAGGGGAAGAGAGAGACCUCGGACCUGCAUGUCAAGAUGGAUUUUCCCCUUUUAUCUCUGCCCUCCUCCACUCCCUUUUUGUAACUCCCUUACAGCCCCCAGACCCUUCUUGAAACGAGAGCCAGCAAGCUGAGCACAGACCAGCAGCGACCUCCCUUCCAGCCCCCAGAAAGCUCGGUCACCUGAGUGUUUUCUAGAAUCCUGGGGUGCUCCCGGGCCGCUCUCAGAGAAGCGGCAGGUUUCACGUUCAGCCAUGUGGCGGAUCGUGUGGCUUCCAAAGCCUUUUACAGCCCCCGCGCCCCCAUCCCGUGGUCUGUCUGCAGGAACUCUCCCGUCUGUGAGAAGCCUCUUUCCGAGUCGACCUCCCGGCCACCCCGGCCCCGUGCCUGCUCGGAAGAGCUCACUGCCAGCUGCGGCCUGGGCACCGCGGGCCAUGUGUGUUUGCAUGAGGAACUCUUUAGUGGCAGACACCUAAGAGACGGCUGCGGUCACCCCACGCCUCCGCGGCUCAGGAGCCGUCCUGGGUGCAUAGGACCAGUUUCUGUGACUUUUCUCCAGUUGGGCAUGUUGACAGACAUGUUUCCCCUCCUCCCACCCUCAUUUUCUGGUCCUCGCGACUGAGAGCCAGGGGCGACAUCAUGACCUUCUGUCCCGGCCGCCUUAGCCCCGGGCACAGGGAAGGCAGCUGGGCCGUUUCUGUCUGUGUCCCAUCCUGCUGUCCUUCUGUCCUGGAUGUUUCAUGGGCCCGGGGCCCCCCCCGGGAAGCUUACCCCUCCUGUGCUGGGUGGAGGCCACGGGACACCUCAGGUGCCACCCACCUUGGCCCUAAAACAGCCACCAGGAAAGCAGCCGGAGAGCCGGACAGCGGGCGGCCUGUCUGGGUUCCUGAGGCCUGGGGGUGGCAGACGAGCCCACGGCGCCAUGGUCCCAGCAGCAGGGUUGUCAGUCGGAGCAUCCUGGGGCUCCCUGGCUCUCGGCCGUCUGUAAGGUAGGCGCAGUACCGUGUGUCGUAGGUAACAGUAGGAACGGGGGCCGCCGCGGCCCUGCAGCCGCUCAUGGCGGUGAGGUGUGUGCCGAGCCCACCCGGGGUGCAGGGCGUGACGUGUGGGGAAUAAAUAGGCGUUGUGACCUC